AUGGUGACGUUAACAACGCGUGCGAAUAUGCCUGUUCCGCCGUUGAACCGUGGCAGCUCGAAGCAAGAGAAGCGGGACUUUAUGGAUAGUUACAUGGUCUACAAGAGACGUGUCGACGCGUUGAACCAGGGCACGCAGACACAAGUGUUCGUUAUGCCUAUCGGGGCCUGUAUCGAGCAGAGCACCUUGGUGCGUAUCUGCCGUUUCGAAUUGUUUAAACCCGAGGCUACAGUGACCGAAGAAGAUUGGAAAAGGUAUUUCCUCGACGCCAGGAACGCUGACUUCACUGCGUACAAGCAGCUUGAUGUGGCGGUGCGUGGUUUAACUGUUGAUGUUCAGCUUCAGGACGCAAAGUCCUGCAUGUCACGUCUGCUGGCCAAUUUCUAUAGUACCGGGGACGGGAUGAACAUGGAGAGCAUCAUUCACGAUAGAUCCGAAGCUCUGGAGUGCCCUGUUGGUAAGCCAUUGAAGAAGGAUGUGUCCAAGUUCGUUCGGUGGUUACGCCCUCAAAUAGAGGAGUUUAUGAAGUACGAGACACACAUUCUCGCAGCCCAGCAGGGAGUCAGUAACGCUGUUUCGCAGCAGCCGCGAAAGCGAAAACCCAGUCGUCGACAUGGAGGCAAACCGGAUCAGCAGCCCACCGACGGGCGGCAUCAAAGUCCUGGGGCGUCGGUGUAA